AAACAGUUCUAAACCCGUGCAUGUGCCUCCCAGUGAGCGGAACUCAGCGAAACUAUUCUGGUAAAGACUUGACUUUUCAUGAGCCAGCCGAUCGCCUUUGAAAGGUUGCCACGGUGCGAGGACCUUAUUACAUUUGUUUAGCCAAACCUUUACCGUAGAACAGCAACCAACGGAAUUAUCGUACUUGAUAUUCAUGAGGUACGCCUCCGCAAUAGUAGGAUUCCUAUUUGGUAAAACGUGAUAUGCGGUGGAGUGAAUCUUCGUUGGAAACCGAAAAUAAAUCAAGAAACUGGUUCAUUGACACUCCAACCAGCACUCUUGCCUAUUUAUCUUCUAACAGCAAUCUUUGUAGCAACCAAGGGUUCAAAUUACCCCCCAUUUUGAAGGGUUCCAUUUGUAUGCAUAGAGUAAUGUCCAGCUCUCAGAUGUCCUUCCUGUCUGCUGUGCUCUGCUUUGCCUGUUUACAUCCAAUUUUGUGCCAGAACUGCUCAGAUAACUGUAAAACAUGUGGGGGAAUAGAGAAAGACCAGUGCUUGCAAUGUCACACAGGAUUCACCCUCCACGACAACAUGUGUGUGGAUAUUGACGAAUGUGGUACUGAACUGGGUAAUUGCCCUUAUAACACAUACUGCUUGAACAACCAUGGAUCUUUUGAGUGCAGAGGAUGUGACAAGGCUUGUACUGGCUGUAUGGGUGGAGGAGCUGCCCACUGUAAGAAAUGUGCUGUAGGAUACAGAUCAUCAGGGAUGAGAUGUUUAGAUAUUGAUGAAUGCAGUGAAGAGGUAUUGGCCUGUCCUGGUCUCAAUGUCUUCUGUGUCAACACAGAGGGGUCCUAUCAGUGUCAGUGUGCAGAGGGGUACACACGCAAAGACAGCACCUGUGAGAGGAACCAACCAGAAGCUGGUGAAGAAAGGGGUCUUUUUGAUGACAUUCAGGAAGAUGAAAUCAAGGUUCUGCAGCAAAUGUUCUUUGGUGUGGUGCUGUGUGUAUUGGCCACAUUGAUGGCUAAAGGGGACCUGGUGUUUACCUCUAUCUUCAUGGGUGCAGUGGCUGCCAUGGCUGGAUACUGGCUCUCUGAUAAGAUUGAUCGAGUGAUGGACACUCUCAUAAGAGGGAGAUAAGCACAAAGAAGCCUGCAACAGACUUGUAAUGUUAUUUGCAAUGCUUUUGUUUUUAAAUAGUCUAUAUAUAUAUAUAUAUAUAUAUAUAUAAUUUUUGUGGCCCUUUAUUGCACUGCAAAAUGGCCAUAUGUUGGCACUUGAAACUGAAUUGACACAUGGAAAAAGUCAGUAUGCUAAAUGAAGAAAGGAUUGACACAAAUUGUCAAACUCAGAAGAGGACAAAAAUGUACAGUUUUACAAAGAAACGUUGUGCAUACAACUUGUAUUGUUUGAGCAGAAUUAAAUUGAAUUUGUCUUUCUCUGAAAACGUCCCCUCUGUUGCAACUCUCAAAUCCCAUUUGCACUUGUGCAUUUACAAUAUUGUUAAAGGUUUGGUGUCAAUGGAACCAUUAUUAAAAUAAUAUAAAAACAACAACAAAGAAUAUAUACAAUCUGUUAAUACAUUCUGUUAUAAAAAAGACUAAAACUAACAGAAUUUUCCCCACGUAACUGCAUACUAACAAGGGCUGUCAAUCAGUUAAAAUUUAACUGAAAUAAUGACAUUUUAUGCUGAUUAAUUAAUAUAAU